ACAAGCGAGAACAGCGGAAGGAGUUAUACGUCGCACUUGUCUCUUAGCAUGGAUUGCUUCGGGUAUGGAUUGUUCUGAUCGCCAUCCAAACUGCCCGUCAUGGAAUCAGCAGGGAGAAUGCACAAGAAAUGCGAAAUGGAUGGCAGAAAAUUGCAGAAAAUCGUGUAAUCGAUGCGGACGGACGAGAGCAGCCACAUGUGGAGGUGGCGCAGGUGGACAAGUCGCAACGCAAGCGCCGCAACCUCAGUUUAAAUGCGAGAACUCAGAGGGUUGCUACAAUGAAAACGCUUGUUGCCCACAUUGGGCUCUUUUCGGUGAAUGCCGAAAGUCUCCUGCAUGGAUGGCUUGCAAUUGCCGGGUGUCCUGUGGUCACUGUUUCCCAACUGACUACAAUUACGGAAGUGAGAAUUUUGCGGUAGAACCCAUCUUUGCCAGCAAGGCGAUAUUAAGACUUUCAGCUUGCACCGAUUAUCACCGUGAAUGUGCGGGUUGGGCCAGGCUAGGCGAAUGCGAGAAGAAUCCGUGGAUGUCAGAGAACUGCAGGGCUUCUUGCAGGACAUGCUACUCGCAGUGGGAUCUUCGUGAUAUGUGCAGAGGAGCAGUAGGUAGGUCUCUUUCAAAUAACCAAUCGGAGAUAACCCGCAAGAAGAUUUCUCCAGGCUCUGUGGCUCCUGUAGCUCAGAGGCGUCCGCAGCCAAGCCGUACUCAAUUCGAGCAGCGUUGGGGAAACUUUGGUGAUUUCGACAAUGGAUGGUGGGAAGGAGGACGUAGAGGUGGACGAGGAGGUUGGGGUGGUCGACGGCCAAUAGGUUGGGGUUGGGAGAGGGCAAGAAGGAACCUAAGGAACCACUUCCCUAGAAAAUAAUU